CGGAUUAGAAAUUCAAAAUGUCAAAAUAAAUAAUGUCAUUUUGUUUUUGCUAUUUGCGAUUGGAAAAAGUUAUUUUUUAGAUAUUAUUCUUUAGAAAAUCAUUCAGAAAUCACAAGAGCUAACAUUAACAAACUCAUGGUUUCAAUUUGCCCGUAAAUUGUACUUGUGUAAGAGGGAUUUACUGCUGAGUGAGCAAAAAUGACGAACGCUACGAUUCAGGAAAUAGAAGGAAUUGAUGACUAUUGGGGUCCUGCAUUCCGUUCGAUAUACGAAGGAGAAGGCCAUGAAGCGUUUGUACAACAAUUGGACGAACGGAUAAAACAACAUGACAAAGAAAUUGAGAAGCUGUGCAACUUUCAUUAUCAGGGCUUUAUUGACUCUAUCCGUGAGUUAUUACAAGUGCGGUCACAUGCUGAGGAGUUGCAUGCGGAGAUAUCUAAUGUGGAUGCUAAUGUCAAAGACACUACAGACAGUUUAUGUGCUAAAGCUGAAGAGUUGAUCCGGGCUAGAAGGGUGGAGCUGAACAUUGCAGCUACCAUAGAAAAGAUGGAACUGUGUCUGCCUUUGCUGACCACAUACUCCAAGCUGAAGUCUCAAGUAGAAGCUAAAAGAUAUUACCCAGCUUUGAAGACGUUAGAACAACUGGAGCACGUGUUACUCCCGCGCGUCGGUCCGUACAAGUGGUGCGGACAGAUCUCGGCCGACAUACCGCGGUUACGGCAAGCUAUACAAGACGCGUCAAUGGCGGAUCUUAGAGAUUUCCUCGAAAAUAUACGAACACUUAGUCCUCAGGUGGGAGCGAUGGCUUUGAAACAAACACAAGAAAUGCUUGGAAGGAAUCUUGCUAGUAUUGUCAAAAACAAAAAAGAUAUGGCAGUUCUAGGAAUAUCAGCGAAGGAGAGCACUGGACCGCAAUGUCCUCACGAGCUGGUCGACUUCAGUCCUUUACAUAGAUGUCUGCAUAUCCACAGCGUGUUAGGCGCCAAGAAUGACUUCAUACAGUAUUACAGAGCUCAACGCAAACAGCAAGCCCGUUUAGUGUUGAUCCCUGCGUCGGUAAACUUGCACGACUCGAUACAAGGCGUGAAGAACUAUUUGAAUGCGGUGCUGGGCUUCUUUAUACUGGAGGAACAUUUGCUGAGCGCGGGCGCGGGGCUGGUGUCCAAGGACUGGUUGCUGGAUAUGUGGGGGAUGUCGGUGACCAAAGUAGCUUCCACGUUGAGGACCAAUACAUCCCUAAUUACGGAUCCCACGCUCAUGCUCAGUAUCAAACACCAGAUCGUACUGUUUAUUAAUACUUUGAAAUGUUACGGUCUACCUACGGAUCCGUUGCCACUGCUACUACAAGAGAUGGCGGAGCAUUACACUGAAGUAUUGAUGCAGAGAUGGGUGGUAGUCUUCCGGGAUAUACUCGACAAUGCCUCCUUCCUACCUAUUGAGGUUGAGAAUCAAGAUCAAUACGACGGUGUUAUGGACACGUUCCCCUACGAUGGAGACGAAUUGGAAAUGCAACCGUUUCCGAGGAAGUUCCCGUUCUCGAGCAUCGUGCCGGGCGUGUACGUGCAGGUGAAGGAGUUCAUCUACGCGUGGCUGAAGUACUCGGCGGGGCUGGGGCUGGGCGGCGGGCGGCGCGCGGCGGCGGCGCGCCAGUCCGCGUCGCUACUGCUCAGUCGCUCCUUCACGGGCUGCCUCUCCGCGCUCUUCCGCAGGCCGCUGCCGCUUAUGCAGCUCGUGCAGAUUAUCGUGGACACGCAGUACUUAGAAGGCGCGACGUUAUGUCUUUACGAGUUCAUCAGCAAUAUCACUGGCUCGGAACUAGUCACUACACAGGCAGCAGGCAGCAUGUUCCAAGCGGCACGCGACGACGCGGAGCAACAGAUCUGUGACAAACUGGAGAAGAAAGUCGACGAGUUCCUCGAUCUCGAGAACUAUGAUUGGCUGCUUGUGGAGCCGACUGGUCAGGCGUCGUCUUUCGUCACGGACAUGCUGAGCUACCUGUCAGGAGUACUGACGUCUCUGGAACAACUGCCGGAGAGGGCCAGAGUGGCAGCAGUACGUGCAGCGACGAACCGCAUCGCGACCCGUCUCCGCAACCUGCUGCUGGACCCGGCCGUGAAGCAGAUCUCGUCGGGCGCGCUCGACCAGCUCAACCUCGACGUGAUACAGUGCGAGCAGUUCGCCGCCGGGGAGCCCGUGCCCGGCCUCAAGGAGGGAGAGCUCUUGGAGCAUUUUGCUAGCUUGAGGCAACUUCUCGACCUAAUAACGGGCUGGGACUGGUCGUCAUACCUCCACGACGUCGGUAUAGACGGCGGCAAGUACUCACUAGUGACGCCGCGCGACGCCGCUACACUACUCGAGAAACUCAAGGAAGCAGAACAAAAGUCUUCUGUCUUCGCCGUCCUCAAGAAAAACGAGAGAGACAGAAGGAAGCUACUCGACACCGUACUGAAACAAUUGAAACAACUCCAGAAUCAAGACGGAUCGUGAAUCAAAUGAAAUCAAUUAUGGUAUCUAAUAUCAUGUUUAUAAAGCCUAAAAUGCUCGAGCAUUGAUUUCUUCUUUUCAAAGUGUCAUUUUAGUUAUUUAUUGGUUUUAAAGAAUCGAAAUUAUGUAAUCUAUCAGCUAUUUUAACUUGCAUUAGACUUGUGGAUCGCAAGUACUUUUAUAUGUUAAUCAAAUCACUUGGAAAUAUUUGGAGUAUAUGGAUUGGCGCAAUAGAAAACUUUUAUUGAUUGUGUUAUCAACGAAAGAGGAUUUUAGUAUCUUCUUUGUGUUUCGAAAACUUGUAAAGUUCUCGAACCAUCCAUAUUGGAAAUUACGCGCCAAUUUUGGCCAUUUUGAAACGUUUUUAUGUUCUCUUGUUUUGUAUAGCCAGUGUUUGAUUAGGAAUCAGUAUAAUUUAUUAAUAGUAACUGUAUAGUUUAAAACUACUUAAUUAUAUUAUUAGUAUUGUACAAUAGGAUUGCCUUAUCAUGUAGUGAUAGAAGCAUUUAUAUAGAUGUUAAUUAAGUGUUAAUAUAGUGAAAGACAUUGUUUAUUGAUUUUAUUACGUAAUAUACUAUUUAUUAUAAAA